CCAUCCCGAGCCUCGACAAGGCGGUGCCCAAGCUCAAGACACUCGACCUGUCCAACUCGGACGUCUCGGGCACCCUUCCCGCCUCGGUCGACAUGUUCAGCGGCCUCGAGUACCUGGCCGUGGACCGCACCAAGCUCUACGGGAUCGUGCCCGAGUCGCUAGGCGACAUCAGAGGGCUCAAGAACGGCACGUGCACGCUCCAAAACGCUUACGACUCGGUUUUCAUUUCCAUCGUCUCUAAAACUUGCUGCUAUUCCAACUUCUGGUGCCCCCUCCCGAGCAACGCGCCGUACUGCACGGAGACCUCGAGUGGGGAGACGAUAGUGUGCAGCGUCAUGUCGCCUCCACCGCCGCCGCCUUCAACGCCAUCGUUUGUCUCUGACACGGCUGUCGUCGUCCUCCUCAUCUGUGCGAUCGCCAUCCCGGCCGCGGCCUGGCUGUUGUUAACCCUGUGCGAGCGCGUCGCCAUCACCUCGACGGUGGUGGUUCCAAAGAUGACCGAGCUCGACUCCGCGGCGGUGGAGCACGUCCCGGAAGGGGAGGCAAGGCCGACGCACUACAACUGAGAGGGUCGUGCUAGUUCGGCGGGAGGGCGGUGCCCAUUACCAUGCAUCGUGCAGGCUGCCCACCACCCCGACACCGCGGCACCGCGGCCGUGCUCUAUUUCGCACACAUCGGGCGCAUCGCAUAACCCAAACAGCCUCUCCGUUUUGUUUGGGUUAUGAGAGGCUUUUGCACGCC